UCUGUGCCCUCUAUCGGACAAUCUUACAGCUUGUAACAGAGAAAACGUGGAUUUGUCAUUGCUCUUGUGUGGCCAAGGAAAUUUAUAUUAAAGGGGCUAUAUAUCGUGUUACACUUAUUAUGGAUCUUUUCCUAAAAUAAUAGCAAACAUAACUUCGUGUUCGUUAUUAAUAUGGAUGAAGGUACUUUUCUUGCUGAUCUUGCAGCAGUCAUAUCUCAAAGUUGGCUGUUGAUACUACUUGGUUUUCUGGGACUUGCAUGGUUGACUUUCCAACAAAGAAAAUCAGUUGUUCCUGGUAAACCAAAGAGAAGACUGUCUGAUCAGGCUUCAAAAAAUUCUGAUGAAAGAAAUCUGAAUAAAGCCAAGUCAAGUAAAAAGGAAACUUGUUUGAAAAUUUUCUUUGGAACCCAAACAGGAACAGCAAAGACAUUUGCAGAUAUUAUCAAAAAAGAAGCUUCUGAGCACAGCACAAAAUGUGAAGUCAUUGAUUUGAAAACUUAUGAUCCUGAAGAUAAUAUUACAGAUGAGACUGAUGGGAAGAACAUUUGUGUGUUCAUCAUAUCUACCUAUACAGAAGGCUCCCCUCCAGAUGAUGCUGCAUGGUUUUAUAAGUGGCUGGAAGAAGCUGCGUCUGACUUCAGAAUCCAGAAGACCAUGCUUCAAGACAUGAGGUAUUGUGUGGUGGGAUUGGGCAAUUCUUUGUACAAGGAGAGAUAUAACAAGGUUGCUAGAAAUAUAGACCACUGGUUCCAUAAGUUGUCAGCUAAUAGGGUGCUGGGUAUUGGUCUUCUAGACGAGAAUGUUGCCUCCAGCAAAAAUGGAGGUAUUGAAGCUGAUUUUGAAUUCUGGAAAAACAGGUUUUGGUCUAUGGUCUUAGGAUCGCCCCAAAACAAGAAAGAUGUUAAACCUAACUGUGGCACAGCAGAUGGUGACACCAAAGAAAUGUAUGAGACAAGUAGUGAAGAAGACACAGAAGAUGAGGAGGAGGAGGGAGAUGGAGAUGGAGAAAAAGUACAGAAAGCCAAUGGUGUGGUGGAUGUGGAGGACAUAGGGAAGAUGGUCAAUAAUAUUAAGAAGGCAAAGGCUAAAAGGAAGGUUGAAGAUGACAACAAGUCAAAAGAACCCAGAGAGAUGAUAACACCACUGCUGAGGACUUCACUUCAGAAACAAGGCUACAGACUCAUCGGUUCACAUUCUGGAGUCAAGCUCUGCAGAUGGACUAAGUCCAUGCUCCGUGGACGAGGUGGUUGUUAUAAACACACCUUCUAUGGCAUUGAAAGUCACAGGUGUAUGGAAACUACUCCCAGUCUUGCUUGUGCCAACAAAUGUGUGUUCUGUUGGAGACAUCACACCAACCCUGUAGGCACAGAGUGGCGUUGGAAGAUGGAUGAUCCAGAACUUAUUCUUGAAGGAGCACUACAAAACCAUUGUAAUAUGAUUAAACAGUUUAAAGGUGUUCCAGGAGUGAAGUCAGAUAGGUUUACUGAGGGGCUGACUCCAAAGCACUGUGCCUUGUCACUUGUUGGGGAACCAAUCAUGUACCCAGAGAUCAACAAGUUUGCUGAAAUGUUGCAUAGCAAAGGGAUCUCAAGCUUCCUGGUUACAAAUGCUCAAUUUCCAGAUGCUAUAAGAAAUCUGACCCCUGUCACUCAGCUAUAUGUCAGUGUAGAUGCCAGCACAAAAGAAAGCCUGAAGAAGAUAGACAGACCACUGUUCCGAGACUAUUGGGAAAGAUUUUUGGACAGCUUGAAGGCACUCUCAGAAAAAGGUCAGAGGACAGUGUACAGACUAACACUGGUGAAGAACUACAAUACAGAGGACAUAGAAAAUUAUGCAAGUCUGGUAUCUAUUGGAAAGCCUGACUUCAUAGAAAUUAAGGGCGUAACCUACUGUGGCGAAUCCAAGGCCAGUCGUCUGACCAUGGACAAUGUUCCGUGGCAUGAGGAGGUCAUCAAAUUUGUCCAGGACGUGGUGGACAGACUGCCCGAUUAUGCCAUAGCAUCGGAACAUGAACACUCUAAUUGUGUCCUAGUUGCUCAUAAAAAGUUUCAGGUCAAUGGAGACUGGUGGACGUGGAUAGACUAUGACAGGUUCCACGAGUUAGUGCAAAUGUACAAAGCCAGUGAAGGCCAGAAAACGUUCUCGGCAGCAGACUAUAUGGCACAAACCCCACACUGGGCAGUGUUUGGGGCGGACGAACGGGGAUUUGACCCUGGAGAGACCAGGUUCAUGAGGAAGAAAACUAAAGACAUCAGCGGCUGCUAGAUAGUUUAGUUACCAGACAUGAAAUUCGAAGAUGGGCUGAAGGUGUUGAAAAUGCAACAUCAUAUUUAUGCCUUUAUAACUGUGCAAUUGGUCUAUUCAACCAUAUUUAAUCCAUAAUUUACUAUUCCAAGGACCAGUCCAGUUCUCAUUCUUGUAUGAACAUCAGUAUAGUGUUAUGUGGCAGUCACUUGGAUAUGUUAACGAAGGAAAUACGUUUUGUUUGUACAUAUACAUUUAAAAAAGAAACUUUGGGUUUUUGAGAGACGUUUUUUUUUUCAUGUCUGAAAAAUAUUUUAACUUUGUUAUGCAGUUUUGUAUUAAAAUAUAUUUCACGUAACAAGUUACAUCAGACAUGUUAAAAUAAUAAA